AACCGUUUUUGGUCCUUGACGCGAAUUCACAUUUUCUGUCUCGUGUCUUGACACUUCCAUUCCAUUCCAUUCUUCUCAUUUCAAUCACCAAUAAAAUAAACCUCAGUUUCACCACCACCGUCAUUCCCGGUUUCGCCACCACUCUCCACCUCCCCGUCGCCAUCACAAAACCUACCAUAACCGUAAUUCGUUAUCCACAUUAAAUAUACGAAUCAUUUCUCCGCCUUCUCCGAUCAUCAAUCUCCGGUCGAACACUCAACAAGCUCCGUUUCCAUGCCUCCUCUUCCAUCCUCCAUCUCGGCGAGAUCCGAAUCAUCUCCACGCCACAUCGUCAAUCACAGUAUCUCCAACGGUGGCGAUUGCAGCCGUAGAAGUCAUCAGCAACAGCAAUUAGUGGUUCCGACGGCGAUUGACGUUAGGAUCAACGACCUGGUUGGGAAUGGAAUAUCAGGAAUACUACAGAAAUGGGUGAACUAUGGUAGAGGUUGGAGGCAUCGUUGGUUCGUGCUGCAAGAUGGUGUUCUCUCUUAUUACAAGAUUCAUGGACCUGAUAAGAUCGUAAUCAAUCCUGAAACCGAGAAGGGAUUCAAGGUUAUUGGUGAUGAAUCGAUGCGUAUAAUCUCUCGCAACCGCAAUUCUCACCACUCUCAACAUCAGCGAAAGGCUUUCGGUGAAAUCCACCUCAAGGUUUCAACUAUUCGCGAGAGCAGAUCCGAUGAUAAACGGUUUUCCAUAUUCACUGGGACAAAGACAUUGCACUUGAAAGCAGAAACUCGUGAAGAUCGAGUGGCAUGGUUGGAGGCCUUGCAUGCAGUCAAAGAUAUGUUUCCUCGGAUGUCUAUCAGUGAGCUGAUGGCUCCGGUGGACAAUUUGGCCUUUUCAACUGAAAAGCUAAGGCAUCGGCUUAUGCAAGAAGGUGUUAGUGAGGCAGCCAUCCAGGAUAGUGAGCAAAUUAUGAGAAGUGAGUAUGCAGCUCUACAAAACCAGCUUUUGCUGCUUAAGCAAAAGCAGUUGGCACUAAUUGACAAUUUACGCCAUUUGGAGACAGAGAAGGUUGACCUGGAAAAUACUGUUGUUGAUGAGAGCCAAAGAAAAUGGAAUGAUCAAGAGGCUUCUUCCACAAUGAGGCAGGAAAAGUUUGGUGAAAUUGGUGCAAGUGGGUCUGACGAUGAUAAUGAGAGAAAUGACGUAGCAGAGGAAGAAACAGAUGAUGAUGAUGAUGAUGCCGCCUUUUUUGACACACGUGAUUUUAUAUCAUCAUCCAGUUCUAUUAAAAGUAAGACUUCAUCCUUUUCUUCAGAUGAUGAAGGAAUCUCUGUAGUUGGAUCCGAGGGGGAUAUAGAUCCUUCUAUUAGAUCUGUCGGGACCAACUACCCUCACGUUAAGCGACGUAAUAAAUUGCCUGAACCUGUUGAAAAAGAGAAAGGUGUCAGUCUUUGGUCAUUGAUUAAGGAUAAUAUUGGGAAGGAUCUAACUAAAGUAUGCCUCCCUGUUUAUUUUAAUGAACCUCUCUCCUCUCUUCAAAAAUGCUGUGAAGAAAUGGAGUACUCAUAUCUCCUUGACCGAGCUUAUGAAUGGGGAAGAAGAGGCAAUACGCUUAUGAGGAUUCUCAAUGUUGCUGCUUUUGCUGUAUCUGCCUAUGCUUCAACUGAUGGGAGAAUUUGCAAACCCUUUAAUCCAUUACUGGGGGAGACAUAUGAGGCUGACUUUCCAGAUAAAGGCUUUCAUUUCAUCUCAGAGAAGGUCAGUCACCACCCUAUGAUAGUUGCAUGUCACUGUGAGGGUACAGGUUGGAAAUUUUGGGCAGAUAGCAACUUAAAGAGCAAAUUUUGGGGGCGAUCAAUUCAACUCGAUCCUGUUGGUAUUUUGACAUUAGAAUUUGAUGAUGGUGAAGUAUUUCAGUGGAGCAAGGUUACUACAUCAAUAUACAAUCUCAUUUUGGGAAAGCUUUAUUCUGAUCAUUAUGGUACAAUGCGCAUUCAGGGAAACAGAGAAUACUCAUGUAAACUGAAAUUCAAGGAACAAUCUAUAAUUGAUCGCAAUCCUCACCAGGUUCAAGGUAUUGUUCAUGACAGAAAUGGGAAAACAUUGGCUACCUUAAUUGGAAAGUGGGAUGACAGCAUGUAUUAUGUUAAUGGAGACUAUGGUGGAAAGGGAAAAGGUUAUGAAUCGUUGUCAGAAGCCCAUAUACUAUGGAAGCGGAGCAAGCCUCCCAAAUUUCCUACUAGAUAUAACUUAACUCGUUUUGCUAUCACAUUAAAUGAACUUACCCCAGGAUUAAAGGAAAAGCUGCCACCUACAGAUUCUAGGUUAAGACCAGAUCAGAGGUAUUUGGAAAAUGGGGAGUUUGAAAAGGCAAAUUCAGAAAAACUACGGCUAGAGCAGCGACAACGGCAGGCUAGGAAGAUGCAAGAGAGCGGUUGGGAACCACGAUGGUUUGCUAGGGAUAAAACAAGCGGUACCUACCGCUACAUAGGAGGAUAUUGGGAGGCCCGACAACAAAGAAGUUGGAACUCCUGUCCUGAUAUUUUUGGUCAUAUUCCGUCUGAUCAUCGUUUAGAAGGUGAAAACAAACUGCGGAGGGUGUGAUCUCUAUUCGCUUCGCGGUUGUUUUGCAUUUUGCGUCUCACUUUAAGAAAGUUCAUGUGGAUUGGCCUGCAGUGGAUAAUUUGAUGUUCAGAUAGUUGCAGUCGUCGGAGGUGGGUGACUUAAUUAAACGUUCUCGUUGGCGGAGGUGAAGGCAGCCGUGUGGGACUGUGACAACUAUAAGAGUCCGGGUCCUGAUAGUAUUAAUUUUUGCUUCAUCAAGGAUUUUUGGGCUGAGGUGUGCAAGGUGAUGUCAUGCGCUUUAUUUCGGAAUUCCACCGUAAUGGAAGAUUGGCUAAGGGUAUUAAUGCCACUUUUAUUGCGCUGAUUCCCAAAGUUGACAACCCUCGACGGUUGAAUGACUUUCGGUCUAGUUCGCUCGUGGGUAGCCUCUAUAAGAUUUUGGCUAAGGUUUUAGCGAAUCAGCUGCGUCUUGUGAUAGGUAGUGUGAUCUCUGAAUCUCAUACUGCGUAUGUAAAGGGUAGGCAGAUCCUUGAUGAAAUCCUAUCACGAAUGAGGUGGUGGAUGAGGCGCGUAAGUCUAAGAAGGAGUUGAUGCUUUUUAAGGUUGAUUUUGAAAAGGCCUAUGACUCGGUGGAUUGGGGUUAUUUGGACGCUGUUAUGGGGAAAAUGGGUUUUCCAACCCUUUGGAGGAAAUGGAUUAAGGAAUGCAUUUGUACGGCUACAGCGUCUGUUCUGGUCAAUGGGAGUCCAACUGAUAAAUUUCCCCUUGAGCGAGGUUUAAGACAAGGGGAUCCAUUAUGCCUUUUUCUCUUUCUGUUGGCUGCAGAGGACUUACACGUGUUGAUGGAGGCCAUGGUGGAUUAUAACUUGUUCACGGGGUAUAGCGUAGGUAACAUAGCCCCAGUGUCUGUUUCGCAUCUUCGGUUUGCCGAUGAUAUGCUCUUAAUGGGAACUAAAAGCUGGGUGAAUGUUCGUGCUUUACGGGUUGUUCUUGUGCUGUUUGAGACUAUGUCGGGUUUGAAGGUUAACUUACUACUUGGUUGGGCGAGGCGGCUUCAGCUUUGAGCUGUAGAGUGGGAAAGAUUCAUUUCCUUUAUUUGGGUCUUCCUAUUGGGGUGAUUCGAGGCGUUUGAGUUUUUGGAAAACGGUUUUGGCUCGUUUAAAAAAUUGUUUAUCUGGAUGGAAGAGUCGAUUCCUUUCCUUUGGUGGUCGUCCGGUUCUUCUCAAGUCUGUGUUAACCUCUUUAUCUGUCUAUGCUAUUUCCUUCUUCAAAGCUCCCCCAGGUACUAUCUCUUCUAUUGAAUCUAUUUUAAUUAAAUUUUUUGGGGGAAGGAGUGAGGACUUUAGAAAGAUUUCUUGGAUAAAUUGGAAAACUAUUUGCUUACGAAAGGAGUAUGGGGGUUAGGCGGUUGAGGGAGUUUAACUUGGCUUUGUUAGGCAAGUGGUGUUGGAGGAUGUUGGUGGAUAGAGAGGGUAUGUGGUUUCGAGUGUUGACAGCUAGAUAUGGGGUAGAGAGAGGUAGAUUGUGAGAGGGUGGUUUGAGAGGGUCAGCGUGGUGGAGGGAGUUAGGGCGUAUUCGGGACGGUGGCGGUGAUGUAGGGGGAGGGUGGUUCAGGGAGCAGAUUUCGAAAAGGGUGGAGGAUGUGUCUGACACUUUCUUUUGGACUGAUCCGUGUGUGGAUAGGACCCCUUUGUGUGAGCGGUUUGGGAGGUUGUUUGACUUGGCAGGGAACAAAUCGGCUUUAGUAGCUGAGAUGUACUCUUUAGGGUGGGGUGCCGGUGGAGGGGCGUAGGUGUGGCGGCGUCAGUUGAGGGCAUGGGAGGAGGAGAUGUUGGGGGAGUGUCAGAUUUUACUUUUUCAUCUCUCCUUGCAGGAUCAUACUCCAAAUAUGUGGCAGUGGCAGCCGAAUUUGGAUGCAGGUUAUACGGUCUGUGGUGCAUAUCAGUUAUUGAUGGCUCAGGACACGCGGUUACUUUGGAUGCUGCGACAGACCUUAUUUGGCACUCACAGGUUCCUUUGAAGGUUACCAUUUUCGUGUGGCAACUCUUGCGGGAUGUUACCUACCAAAGCAAACCUGGUAUCUCAAGGCAUUUUAUCUCAGGAGGCUCAUUACUGUGUUUCUGGAUGUGGAGUAGUUGAGUCGACUCAACAUGUGUUUCUAGUGUGCAGCACCUUUGGUUCUCUUUGGUCUCUUGUCGGCUCGUGGAUUGGCUCCUCUUUGGUGAUUGCUCAGACUAUUCCGGAUCAUUUUGUUCAGUUUACUAGUUCAGCUGGGGGUUCUCAUGCACGACGCUCUUUCAUGCAGCUCAUAUGGCUGGCUUGCGUGUGGGUUGUGUGGACUGAACGAAACCAUAGAUUGUUUACAGGCUCGACAACUUCAGUACAUCAGAUGUUGGACAAGAUCAAGUCUUUCUCUUAUAGGUGGUUGAAAGCGACGAGUAGUACUUUAACUUUGAACUGCCAUAUGUGGUGGUCUAGUCCGUUGCUUUGUUUGGGCCUUGUAUAGAUUUCGUUUCUGAUUUUGUUAUUUGUAUUCUGAACUCUCUUGUAACUUUAUAGUCUAUUUUGGCACGCCUUGUGUUGAUGAGAUCAUUUUUUCUA